ACGAACCCUGCCCCAAGGCGAUUCCAAUGUGAUGAGUGUGAGAAGGCCUUCCCGACCAAAGGAGAGCUUGCAUCCCAUUCUCGUUGCCAUCUCAAGGUCCCUGCCUUCCUCUGUGGAAUUUGUGGUCGUCCAUUCAAGCGUCGUACAGAUUAUGUUCGUCAUGUACGUAAUGUACAU